UUAUCAGCCCAAGAUCAAACACACAAAGUUUAAUGCUAUAUUUCUUGCUUAAAUGAAAAAUGAGAGUACACCAAUAACCUACUGCUACCACCUUAUUUAUAAUUAAAAGAGUAAAUAAACACAUGCAAAAAUAACCCACGAUGUCCUUUAUUCUCGCAGCAAUCUUCCAACUUUCACCUCAAUACUAGGUCAAUCUUGACUUCUUGUAAAUCACAUUAACCAACUUAUGUGGAUAACCCAUUUUCUGACCCAUACCCAUGACCGACUUGACCCGUAUACAACCCGUAACAUCAAGAUUAAUUCCAACAUCCACAAGAAGGUCGGAAAUUCAUUUCCAGAUGAUACAAUUGUCGAAACUAAUAUAGCUCGUUUUACAUAUCAGAAACUAAUCAAAGCUACUGAUGGGUUCAAGGAUGAGUUGGGAAAGGGGGCUUUUGGGAAAGUCUAUAAAGGUGUAAUAGGGACAAAGAUUGUGGCGGUUAAGAAGCUGGAAACUGUGGUUCAAGAUGGCCAAAGGGAAUUCAAAACUGAGGUCAACACGAUUGCAAGGACACAUCACAAGAAUUUGGUACAGCUACUUGGCUAUUGUGAUGAUGGUGAGAAUCGGUUAUUGAUUUACGAAUACAUGAGCAAUGGUACUUUGGCAUUCUUUCUUUUUGGAGGCAUGAGACCAAGUUGGAAACAGAGGAGUUAUAUUGCUGUAGGCAUUGCAAAGGGACUCACAUACCUUCAUGAAGACUGUAGCAACCAGAUCAUCCACUGUGACAUAAAGCCUCAGAAUAUACUUCUUGAUGAUUGCUACAAUGCUAAGAUUGCUGACUUUGGAAUGGCAAAGCUUUUGAUGAUUAAUCAAAGUCGAACGAACACUGGAAUAAGAGGAACAAAAGGAUAUGUUGCUCCUGAAUGGUUUAGGAACACCCCUGUCACAGUCAAGGUUGAUGUCUAUAGCUUUGGCGUCUUGUUAUUAGAGAUCAUUUCAUGCCGAAAGUGUGUGGUUUUCAACGACGAUGAUGCUGAAGAUGCAGAAGUUUUAAUGGAUUUGGCAUGGGAUUGCUAUCAAGAAGGCAGAUUGGAUGCAUUUGUUGAGAAUGAUUCGGAGGCCUUAGAUGAUUUCGAGAAACUAACAAUAUUUAUGAGGGUUGGUCUUUGGUGUGUACAAGAAAACCCUUCACUGAGGCCAACUAUGAAAAAGGUUAUCCAGAUGCUUGAAGGAGUCAUUGAAGUGACCGAACCUCCAUGUCCAUGCCCCUUCUCUGUUAGUUCCUGCUAAUCUUUAAAUACAUCUGCCAUGUUCUCGUUCUGUAUAAUAUCUAUAUUUUAAAAUAAGAGUUUAGUCUAUGUAGCUUCAUUAGCACAUCUUGAGAGUUGUAAUAUCGAAUGUAUCAAUGUU